CGGGCCUCGCCCUUCCGCCUGGGGAAUGUGGGCUCCUUGUGCCGCUAAGCUUCGCGAUUGCUGGGCCGCUAGUUCUCUCAUUUUGAGCCGGUGCCUGAGCUUGGGGGUGAGCAUGGCGAAGAGCAAGUUUGAAUACGUGCGGGCGUUCGAGGCCGACGACACCUGUCUUCCUCACUGCUGGGUGGUGGUGCGGCUGGACGGCCGCAAUUUCCAUAGGUUUGCUGAGAAGCACAACUUUGCCAAACCCAAUGACAGCCGAGCUCUGCAUCUGAUGACCAAGUGUGCCCAGCGAGUCAUGGAAGAGCUGGAGGAUAUUGUGAUUGCAUAUGGACAGAGUGACGAGUACAGCUUUGUGUUCAAGCGGAAAAGCAACUGGUUUAAAAGAAGAGCCAGUAAGUUCAUGACUCUGGUAGCCUCGCAGUUCGCCUCCAGCUAUGUGUUCUACUGGCAGGAUUACUUUGAGGACCAGCCUCUUCUGUAUCCCCCUGGCUUUGAUGGAAGAGUUGUGGUGUAUCCUAGUAACAAGACUUUAAAAGACUACCUCAGCUGGCGGCAGGCUGACUGUCACAUCAAUAAUCUUUACAAUACGGUUUUUUGGGCACUUAUCCAACAGUCUGGGCUAACACCCGUGCAAGCCCAAGAGAGAUUACAGGGAACUCUCGCCGCAGACAAGAAUGAAAUCUUGUUUUCUCAGUUCAACAUCAACUACAACAACGAGCCACUGAUGUACAGAAAGGGAACGCUGUUGAUAUGGCAGGAGGUAUGUGAAGUCACGGUAAAAGAAGUUAAGCUGCCGGCAGAAAUGAAAGGGGAAAAGAUGGCAGUGACCAAGAGCAGGGCCAAGCCCGUGCCUUUGUACUGUGAUAUCAUCGGAGAUGCUUUCUGGAAGGAACAUCCAGAGAUCCUAGAGGAAGACAGCUGACCCUCGCUCUGCAGUUCUGUGCUCAUCCACGCAGGGCCCCCAGGUCUCCUGGCCUUAGGUGGCCUCAGCUUUCCUAGCCUCCAGGACACUGUGCUAGGAGCAACAUGACUGGAGUUAGAUGGGGACAGGGAAGGAAGGGCUGUCCUGUGAAGGAAGAGAUGGCUGGGGGCGGUGUUCAAGCAGAGUGUUGUCUUGGCUGUGUUCGAACAUGACUUCCUUGAUGCUUUCCAAAUUGUGGUACUAUUUUUAUCAACAAAUGAGUUCAUGCCUUGUAGGAUGAAUCAUUUUUAAGGCAUGUCUUAUAAGAGCCUGUCAGCUCUUUUCUUGUAUGAUAGACGAGGAGCCCAAAGUAGACUCCCACCCCCUUGUUCUUAAGUGGAACACCCAGUGACUGAAAGUCUCCCUUCUGCCGCCCAUGCAGUUGCGUUCAUCGCUGGCAUUCCUGAGGUCAUUAUGGGUUCGUGCCUGCACAUUGCCUCUGAAUUCAGGAAUUACGGGGCGAAAAAGAGCUUUAUGCCAGUCUCCAAGUGGGCAGCUUUGGUUGAGCAAAUGAGGAGUGUUCUGUAUGUCCUGAGCCAGGAUUGUUGGAUGGAAUUGUUAGCAUGGAUGAGGAAUAGUCUGGAAAUCCUGAGCCAGGACUGGAGGAUGGAGCUGUCAGCAUGGUCACCUUCACCUCUUGCCCUGGGCAUAGUUUGCAAAACCACUGACCCACUUCUAAGAAGAGGAACAUGCAGGAAACAACACACAGGCGUGGAUGAGGAUGGAGAAACAUUUGCUCGGGGCUCUUCCGCACUUCAAUGAACAGGGGACUUCCUGACAAGCAUUGUCAAGUAACCUGUAUGCAACCAGCAGUGGCACUUGGAUCAGAGGCGCCUGGUGAAGUGGUGUACCCUGCAAUUCUCGUACUCAGAAGGUUGGGUGGAAAGACUGAAAGUUUGAGAUAAGCCUAGGCUAUAGAACAAGUCUAACAAGAGAGGGACACUCUCCCCUUGGGGUCCUGCCUGCUGCUGGGCCAGUGGAGCUAGAUGGAGCAGGGCAGCUGAGCAACUGUUGCUGAGGUGUUGGACUCUAAAGGGGAUUUGCUAAAUGGGCAGAAGUGGCUCCUCUUGUCCUUGUUUCAUAGUCUGGAAGAAAAAGAUUUGGUUCCAUUAAGAAUUAAGAGACAGAGAGACAGUCCAUGUUCCAAUGCCCAGUUUGCAUUGCAGAACUUAGAGCCAAGAAGACAGUGUAUUUUUGAAAGAGCAGCGUCUGGCUUCAUCCCUCACUAAUUGACAUUCCAUCUGUCGAUGCCAUUUUUUCCCUUCCUGUUCCCCCAACUCUGCAGGAGGAGAUGUAGCUAGAGCUUGGUAAUGGCUAAAGUCUUUUUGUGGGGAAAAAUAUAAUAAAGAUUUUUAACUCC